AUGGGAGCAAGUCAGGCUCCGGAUAUCUCAAAGAAACGCGUUAGAAUGACACAUAAUCCAACCAGACACCCAAAAUCAACCUACCUAGACAAUAUUAAGUCAAGGAUACGUUCUGUAGUAAACACGGAGAUCACAAUUCAUGAGUGGAGAGACCUUCUUCUCGCAUUUGAGGAAGUGCUUGGUUUCGCCACGAAAUUCCACAAGUUCAUCGGCCCUCUGGAUGCAUUUUCGGCGGAUAGCAAGCAAAGCUUUAAAGGAAUGGGCGUUGAUCCUGGCCUAUGA